AUGUCGACCCCAGUUUCACUUACUCAAAAUAUAACAGCCGAUGGAAUAUAUAAACCAGAGGCAAACAGAUACCACUUGUACAUUAAUAAGGGAUGCCCAUUCGCUCAUCGUGCAUUGAUCGCUUUGUACAUUAAGGGCUUGGAGCACGCCAUCCACGUGUCAUUCACUCAUCCUGCCAUGACUACCAAUGGAUGGGUGUUUGAUGCCAACUACCCUGGAUCCACCGCCGAUCAAGCGCAGGGAUUCCCCGGCGUGCGCGAGCUGUACCUCACCACCGACCCCACCUACCAGGGCAAGUACACUGUGCCCGUGCUGUGGGACACCCAGACCAAGACGAUCGUCAACAACGAGUCGGCACAGAUCCUGCGCAUAUUCAACAGCGAGCUCAACAACCUUGCUAAGCAUCCAGAAAUCGACCUCUACCCCGAGGCUCAGAGAAAGGACAUCGACGCCUUCUUUGAGUGGGCCAAUCCAGCCAUCAUCUCUGGAGUCUACGGUCCAGGCUAUGCCAAGUCCCAAGAGGAUUAUGACGCCAAGUUUGACAAGUUCUAUCAGAGCCUUGAUGAGUUGAACAACAGGCUGGCUGCACAUAGAUAUGCUGUUGGCUCAACCCUUACAGAGAUGGAUGUCAAGUUGUUCGUCACACUCAUUCGUUUCGAGCCUGCAUACUCUUUGGCCUACAAGCUGAACCUCAAGAGCAUCAGGGAGUAUCCAAACAUUAGAGAGUACAUCAAGGACCUGUACCAGAUUCCAGAUAUCAAGAGAUCCGUCGAGUUUGAUCACAUCAAGAAGAUAUACUUUGUCUCGCCAACCACUCCAGAGCCCAUCAUCGUCCCAAGAGGACCAGCUCUCCAAUGGCUUGAUGAGCCAUCAACUCGUGCCAAGAUG